AUGACUCGAGUGUUGUGCGUAGCGGAAAAGCCAUCGAUUGCAAAGGCAGUCGCAAACCAUCUGGGUGGCCAAGCACGAGCAGAAAGUGUCCGAGGUAUUCAGUGGGUCAAGAAUUACAAAUUUGACUUUCGCUUCCAAUCCUGGGGGCAAUGUUCUGUAACCUUCACAUGCGUUGCAGGGCAUAUCGUCGCACAAGACUUCAAUGAUCGGUUCAAGAAAUGGCACUCAUGUCAGCCUUCAGCACUGUUCGAGGCUCCCAUAGUAUCGAGCAUUGCAGAGGACAAAAAGGCUGUAGCAAGCAACAUUGAAGCCCAAGCCAAGUAUGCGUCCAUUCUGUUCAUCUGGACCGAUUGUGAUCGCGAAGGCGAGCAUAUCGGAACCGAGAUUCGGGAUAUCGCAUUGAGAGCGAAUCCCAAUAUGCAGGUUUGGAGAGCGCGCUUCAGCAACAUCGAGAGAGCUCAUGUCAUACAUGCCUCUCAGAAUCCUAUUCGCCUAGAUGAAGCGCAGGCGCAAGCUGUCUCAGCGCGAAUCGAGCUAGACCUGCGUCUCGGUGCAGCUUUUACACGCAUGCAGACACUGGCGCUACAAAACAUGAUCCCUCAACAGGGCGACGAGCGAGGCAAGUUGAUCAGCUACGGAUCUUGUCAAUUCCCUACGUUAGGUUUCGUCGUCGACCGAUAUCUGCGUGUACGCAACUUUGUUCCAGAGCCAUUUUGGUACAUUAAACUUGCGCACACAAAGGACGGAAUCGAUGCCAAGUUCAACUGGCGGCGAGGCCAUCUUUUCGAUCGCAUGGCAGUAACCCUUAUCUUCGAGCGAUGUCUGCUUUCAAAGACGGCGAAAGUCAUCAAGAUGGCAAAAAAGCCCACCAGAAAAUGGAAACCGUUACCUCUGACGACAGUGGAGCUACAGAAGAUGGGAAGUAGGUUCCUUCGUAUGACCUCACAAGACGUCAUGAAAGUGGCCGAAGAUUUGUAUACGAAAGGCUGGAUCAGCUAUCCACGCACCGAGACUGACCAGUUUGACGCUGGUAUGGACCUGCGAGCGCUUGUCGGACGGCAGACGCAAGAUGGGCGCUGGGGUCCAUUCGCACAGAGUCUCAUGAACGGUGCUUUUCACCAACCUCGCCAGGGCCGCAACAAUGACAAAGCACAUCCGCCCAUCCAUCCUGUCAAUUAUGUCGCCUCAUCCCAGCUCAACGACAGAGAGCGCACCGUCUACGAAUUUGUUGUUCGCCGCUUCCUCGCAUGCUGCUCCGAAGAUGCUAUUGGCGAAUCCACAGAUAUCGAGAUUGAAUAUGGAAGCGAGGUCUUUCACGCACAUGGUCUUACCGUCAUUGCAAGGAACUACCUUGACGUCUAUCCAUACGACAAGUGGGAGAGCAGUCAAGUGCUGCCACAGUACACAAUAGGCGAGACUUUGGAGCCCACGGAAGCAAACAUGCUGGACGGACAGACGACGGCACCCAGCUAUCUCACUGAGCCUGAGCUCAUCGCUCUCAUGGACGCCAAUGGCAUCGGCACAGAUGCAACUAUGGCCGAGCAUAUUGCCAAGAUCAAGGAACGCGAAUACGUCAUGGCAAGACUUAAAGCGGGUGGCGGUACGGCGGGCGCCAAUGGGGCAGGUGCAGGCAGAGGGCGCGGAAGGGGAAGAGGAGGUGCAAGAGGGGGACGUGGUGGGCGAGGCGGCGCAGCAGUAAGUCAGAACAGCGGAGGAGGCACGGGUGGAGUACAAGAGUUUAUCCCGACGACUUUGGGUAUCGCGCUUAUUGAAGGAUACGACAACGUGGGGUUUGAGACGAGCCUCAGCAAGCCGUUCCUCCGGAAAGAAAUGGAAGUUCAGAUGAAGGCCAUUUGCGAAGGCCGCACUACGCGCAACGAAGUGGUGCAGCAGAAUCUAGAGCAGUACCGGGCCGUUUUCACUCGCACGGUGCAGCAGAUCAACGUGCUCAAGUCGGCGAUCACGAACGCGAUAAUGAUGGCGCCAAUGGCUGUUGGGGGUGCGAGGCAUGGAGAGACGGAUGGCCAAGACGAGGAGCCGAUGGACAAGAUGCUGAUAUGGGGCAUCGGCUGCAAACGGAAGGCACCAUGGCGAUGGCGGCGUGCGGGCUCGAGCAAGCAGCAUGGCACUGUUGAGUGCAGGCAGCCUCACGAUAGGGAAUCGGGGCGCGCAUAUCUGCCCCAUAACUGCCCUUCGCUUGUCGCACAAGGCAGUUCGGUCGCUGUCUUGAAUUUUGCACCCAAAUUCCUGCUGCACACCACACGCCCUACCGUCGAUACCCGACAGUCCAAGCCCAAGACACUCAGCCCCUGCCUCGUACCAGUAAACAUGGCUGCUUCCGCCCAGAAGCCCAUGUCCAACAUCGCCAUGGCCUUUGGUCGUCAGGACAGUGGCCACGCUGCUUCGACUGGCACUCUCCCUACUCCGCCCAGUUCCAUCUCUCCGACCCUUCCUGCGCACAAGCGACGCCCCGUGCCUGUAGCCGGCCGUCUGCACACACCAGAAGAGGAGUCUAUGGAUAUAGACCUCCAGGAUGCGGUAGAACACGCGGCAGCGCAGGACCAGCCCUCUGCUCUCUCCAAGGAGGCGCUGGCUGGGUUGGAUGCGACGCGCCAGAUUACGGCCCUCAUGCUGGCCAAGCACCAUCUGCCAGACAUCAUCGAGGGCCACGGCGCAAUGCCCAUCCGCGAGAUGAUGGCGCAUCUGACGCAUGCGGUACCUGGCUUCUCUGGCCUACCCCCUGCGAAGGCCCGUAGGCUGGUCGUUGCAGCGCUGGAACAUCGCGCUGGCGGCGGCCUGCACGGCGAGGUCAAGUUCGAGAAAGUCGGCUGGGGGCGUUGGAGUGUAGCUGGCUCCGGCUCCCAGGCUGCGGGCAUGCCCAUUGGCGGUAAGCGCUCUGGAAAUGGGCGUACACCACCAGACAGUGUUGAUAGUAUCGGAGGCAGCCUCCAGAUUCCAAAGUUGCGACAAGAACGCGACGUCUACUCUGGCAGCUGGAACGCUGGCUCGUGGUCGCCGCACCGCCAGGGCGAAGACGAAGAGAUGGCUGAUCAGAUGUCGCUGGACGACUCCGAAGGCAGUACCGAGUCCGACUCGGCUUCGGACAUGGAUUUGGAAGAAGAAUUAAAUGACGACACUGAUCAAGAAGACUGGGCGACCAUGGGGCCUGAAGCUCUUCGCGAGACCCGCCGCGGUCCGCGCCGAGAACACCGCGAUUACAACUAUCUAAGCCGAACACAGACGAGCAACCCGCGCUAUCGGAGCAUAUCCGCCCAGGCCCACUCUCUGCCUCAGCCUCAUCACGGACGCACUGCGACGCCCACGUACAAACCUUUCCUUACUAUUCCUCAUGCAUCCCACGGUAAUCACGUCGUGAACGCGGGCUCUCCUUUGACUUCUUCCGUUUUCAAUGCAUCGGCUGGUGUAGCCGGAUCUGGCGCUGAGCGCGACGCUAUCGAGGCACUCAUUGCCAUGGGCUCCAUGUAG